AUGUGUGGAACUUUGACUGACACCUCGGGGACGGCAGCUUCACGCUACUGGACCGGAGAUGUGCCUACUUGUGAGUUAAUAGAUUCUAUACGUAGCGUGCAUGGUGCAUCUACCCCAGGUGGAGCUGCCCGAUUGCGUCAGACAUCCCAGCAACAGCAGUGCUUGAAGGCCGGUCGCUAUUCUAAUUCAAGACCUGUAUCUAUGCUGAGUGAACUUUCCGUAGAUGCCAGUUCUCUCCACUCUAUUUUCUCGUCUAGCGGCAUCGGUGUAGGAGUGACUUCUAGGCCUGGCAACGUCCGCUUCGACAACUCAAGCUGCGAACCAGCCGCCAACCUCUUUCUCGAAUCCGCAAAGAACGACAAAGGCGUAGGGAAGGGAGGCAUAAGCUCGUCCAGCUCUCUUUCCUCCCUCUCGUUGGCUCCCAGACGAACGAAUGAGGCCAAGGUCACCGAAAGAAGGGCUAAGCCAGCGAACAAUCCAUCACGUCCGUUUUCCACUAGCGCAACCUCGAAUGCUACAUCUUCACUGGCCCCCAGCUUCAAUCAUUCGGCCGACGAAACUGCAAGCUGUCGAAGCGCCUAUCUCAAUCGGCAGGGCAAAGUGGAUCGGGAUAUUUUAAACCAAAUUGCUGGAUUUAAUUCAAAUGGCCCUCUCUCACGCGUGCCAAGACGCCGCGCUACUCCCACUACAGCGGCACACUCCGGCCAGACGACUGCGAGUACUCCGCAAAAUUCCUUGCUCAACUUCUCGUCUUCAUCCUCACUUUCGCCAAUAUCUUCCAAAGUUGCUGUUGUUCGUGAAAUGUCCGCCAAGGCUAUCGCUUCCUCUCCUUAUCCACUUAAAUCGGCAACCGCUGCUGUGUCACCAAUUGAUCCCUCAAGCCUGGCUGCUCAGACCUCUCUCGGUUUGACAGGCAGCAAUCUGACGCUCACCGGGAUUGAUAGCGAGGUAUCUCUUCUGUUCUGA